UUUUUCUUCUUCUUGCUUUUGCAUGUAUUUCCUGGACUCAGCUGCAUGUCAUUCUGAGCUGCAGCUCGCCUCUUAAACUAAAAACAAAUUGUACUUUUAUUUUGAAGCGACUCUUCUCUGUGAGCGCGGUGAAGCAUCGUGAUGUUUCCGUGAUGUAUGUCACUGGCAUCAUCUCAACCCUUAGAGGAUUUCUGGAAAAACAUCGCUGAUGGGAAGGAGUUGGGGAGAGAGCAAACAGAAGAGGAGCUUUUUUUUUCCAGGAGUCGUAUAUGUGGAUUUGAGAAGCUGAAUAAAACUUUUAUUUUUGGGCUGAGCAAAUGUGAACUCAGCCUUGUUGUUUUUGUUCCCUAGUGGAGGCUUCUGUAAGGUAAGGAGGCUCAGCGGCUGGCAGGCUGCAGCUAUGGACUUUGAGAGGUUCCCUCCCUCCUCAUCAGUGACCUCUCCUCUUGUGUCACCAUGCCUGACGACUCUGCCGCCUCCAUCCUCUACAUUGUCCUAGAGCUGUUAAUUGCCGUGUUCUCCGUACUGGGAAAUGUGUUGGUCUGCUGGGCCGUUUGCCUCAAUAGUAACCUGCAGAGCAUCACCAACUUCUUCGUGGUGUCCCUGGCCGUGGCUGACAUUGCAGUGGGAGUCCUGGCUAUCCCUUUCGCCAUUGUCAUCAGCACCGGAUUCUGCUCCAACUUCUAUGGCUGCCUCUUCAUAGCCUGCUUUGUGCUGGUUCUCACACAGAACUCCAUCUUCAGCCUGCUCGCCAUCGCCAUAGACCGCUACAUUGCAAUCAAGAUACCACUCAGGUACAAUAGUUUGGUGACAAGUCAGCGGGCCCGAGGCAUCAUCGCCAUUUGUUGGGCUCUAUCAAUCAUAAUUGGUCUGAUCCCCAUGAUGGGCUGGCACAAAGUGUACAACAGUACCAAGAGCACCAACAGCACCUGCCAGCCUGGCCUGAUGAAGUGCCUGUUUGAGGAGGUGGUGGACAUGGAGUACAUGGUCUACUUCAACUUCUUUGCUUGUGUACUAAUCCCCCUCCUGCUGAUGCUGGCGAUCUACCUGUGCAUCUUCAUGGCAGCGCGCCAUCAGCUGAAGCUGAUUGAAGUGAAAGCCUUUCACGGAGAAAAGUCGCGCUCCACCCUUCAGAAGGAGGUCCAGGCGGCCAAGUCGCUGGCCGUCAUUGUUGGGCUGUUUGCUGUCUGCUGGCUGCCUCUGCACAUCAUCAACUGCUUCAACCUGUUCUGCCUCAAGUGCCAUCCUCCUCCCGCUUGGAUUAUGUACGUGGCCAUCAUCCUCUCUCAUGCCAACUCCGUAAUCAACCCCUUCAUCUAUGCCUACCGCAUCCGGGAGUUCAGGCAGACCUUCCGUAAGAUUAUCCGACGCCACAUCCUGGGUCGGCAUCAGGUGUUCGAGAGUAGCAGCAGUGAGCACAGCUCAACACACAACACCAUAACGGACUCCAUCAGACUCAAAGCAAACGGCCUUAAAUUUGACUUCUUCACAGAAUCCAGCAGAAGCAACAGCUGUAAAAACUCUAGUAGCCGCCCUGCUCACAUGUCUCCUGUAGAGGACGGCCUGGUGGCAGUCUCUCACCCUCCUCUGUCAGUCGUCAUCUCCAAUUGUCCUCAUGCAGGGACAUUUGCACUGCAAGCCCUUAGGCAGACUGAAAUCCCACAGGCCAGUCAUCUUUGUUUUGAAGAACGAGAGCUUGACUGUGCAGGAACAGAAAUCCCAGAGGAAAAAGGCAAACAGAACCUCAGCUCGACCCAGGUCUCUCCGCUGUUCACCAACCAGAACAGGAAAAAUUGCUUUUGUGAGCUGCAAAGAGUGUCCUGACAAAUAUACAGGAAGGAUGGGGAACUAAUUCAGGAGCAGAGCGAUCAAAUGUCCUCUGGGGAUUGGAGAGGAGAUGGGAGCAGUGAUAACGGAUAACAGGCAAUAAAAGUCACAGAGAUAAAUUAAAUACACUGACUUUUUAUGUAAGCCAGAGGAGUCUAUAAAGCAUUGCUUGUGGUCUGGAGCCUCUCAACUGCCUGUUCACCUCCGACACAGAGGACAAUGAUUUAAAUAGAUGGAGCAGCUGACACAUCCAUCUUCAACCUCAAGGUCCUUUGCAAUCAUGAAACUGUUCGUUUUAGCAGACAAGACCACCAAAUACUUUUGUUUUUACUUUACAACUAAGUUGAGGUCAUUGAAAAUGCACUUUGUCCAGUAAACUACCUGACCCAAUGCGGGCGGUUAAACUUUCUUGAGCCAUUUGUGAAAAUAAUUAUUUUCUAAAUUUCUGAAAUAAGAAUAUAUAGGGCUACACAUGCAUUUUACCUGUUCUAUUCUGUCCCCUUUUAAUGUCAGAAUUUUGUCACUGGAUCACCUACUUUCAGUUUUAUUUGCAUCCCAGGGUCUCCAACAGUUCAGACUGGUAUCCUUCAUGUUGUUUUUAAAUCUAAGGGUGGAAAUGGGAUAAUGCAAUGCUAAAAUGGAAACUGGUGUUACUGUUUGCUCAACAAGCUUUAAUGUGUUGUUAAAUUUAUUCAAAUGUAAAAUAAAAAAGUAAUUUAUCAAGGAUUAUAAAUGAUUGCAUUUUGAACUUUGUAGACUCUCAGUCUCUUGCAACGUCAAUAAACAUUUUGUGAUGAG